UGGCUGCAUAUAAUAAUCUAACAAGACCAUUCUCCCCUAUUUGCUUCUGUUUCUCUCCAUUGUUUCAGUCUUUAAAUGGUAAUAUAAUUAGUAUUAGUUAUAUCAUAUUGAAACACUGUUCAUUACCAACUAUUGAGAAUCUCACAAAUUAUUCAGCAUGGUUUCACAGCGCCUUUUCUUGUUUUCAUGCUUUGUUACACAACUGCUACUAGCAUCAGGUAACUGUCCAUCUUCAAUUAACUGCGGAUUUCUCGGAGAAAUUGAGUUUCCUUUUACCAGCACAGAACAUCCAAAUUGUGGCAUGUUAGUAAUACAUGGCUGUGAUGACUAUGAACCACAAUCCAAAAAAAUCAUUCAAAAUAACAAAAGAUGGUUCGAUGUUCUCAAAAUCGAAUCAUUCACAAUCACAAUUCGAGAUGACCAACUUCAUGACUUGUUACUACAAAGAAGCUGCAAUAUUCUAACAUACAAUUCUAUGUUCACGGUCAACACGCCUUUGGUAUUUUCUCGUCUAGAAAAUCCGGUAACUGUUUACGGAUGCAACAGUAACAACACACUCGAUCUACAACGAUACUAUUCCGUUUCUAAUUCUACUUCGAUUUGUAGAAACGAAAACAAUACUUUGAAUGGUGUUUCAGAUUCAGAUAUAAAGAAUAAUAAAGCUAUUGUGGUUAUAAUUUAUGAUACUAUCUCUUCAAACUCUAAUCAUCUUAAAGGAUGUUCAAAUGUUGAUCUUCCAACUGGUUUCAAGGUUAACCAUCUUGAUCCAGAUGAUCUUUUUAACUUCCUAAGUGGUGAUAUUGCAAUCAAAAUACAAGUUUCUCAGAAUUGUUCAACCUGUCAUGAUCUUUAUGGGGGUCAAUGUCGACUUGAUAACACCGGAAACUUUUAUUGCCACCAAGGGAAAUCUAAAAAGACACAUCUUACAGUGGCAGCAGCUACAUCUUCUGCCGGAGUACUUGGAGUUCUGGUUUUUUUGGCUUGGUUCUUAAGAAGACGCUUCAUCAACAAUAAAAACCCUCCAUACCAAAUAAUUGAGUUGUUUCUGAAAAACCAUGGUCACCUUGCAGCUAAAAGAUACACUUAUGCAGAGAUAAAGAAAGCAACAAAUUCAUUCAAAAACAAACUAGGUCAAGGAGGCUAUGGCAGUGUAUACAAAGGGAAAUUACAAGAUGGAAGUCUCGUGGCAGUAAAAGUAUUAAACGAAUCUCACGGUAACGGUGAAGAGUUCAUCAAUGAGGUUGCUAGUAUUAGUGUCACUUCUCAUGUUAACAUUGUUAGUUUGUUAGGAUUCUAUCUAGAAGGUUCUAAAAGAGCUUUGAUAUAUGACUACAUGCCUAAUGGUUCACUUGAGAAGUUCAUAUAUGAAGACAAAGAUCCAUUAAAUCUAAAUCUUCAAUUGAGUUGCAAAACUAUCUACAAUAUUGCAAUUGGCGUUGCUCGAGGAUUAGAGUAUUUGCACAAAGGUUGCAAUACUAAAAUCUUGCAUUUUGAUAUAAAACCUCAUAACAUAUUGCUAGACGAUGAUUUUUGUCCGAAGGUUUCAGAUUUUGGACUCGCAAAAGUAUGUCCAAGAAAAGACAGUAUCAUAUCCUUAUUAGGUGCCAGAGGCACUGCAGGAUACAUUGCUCCAGAAGUGUUCUCUAGAAACUUUGGCGGCGUCUCCCAUAAAUCCGAUGUAUACAGCUAUGGAAUGAUGGUUUUAGAAAUGGUUGGAGGAAAACAGAAUAACAAUAUCAUUGAUGUUGAACGGUCGAGUGAAAUUUAUUUUCCGCACUGGGUUUACAAGCGAAUUGAACUGAAUCAAGAACCUAGGUUACGAAGCAUUAAAAGUGAAUUUGAUAAAAAGAUUGUACAAAAGAUGAUUAUAGUAAGCUUAUGGUGCAUCCAAACUGAUCCAUCACAUAGGCCUGCAAUGAGUAAAGUGGUAGAUAUGAUGGAAGGUAGCUUGGAAUCUUUGCAAAUACCACCAAAACCAUGUCUCUCUUCACCUCCUAGGUCACCCUCAAGAUCAUCAGAUUAUAACUCUCACACAUCUCAGGAUUUGCAUCAAUCAGGAACAGUCCUUACCACUGAAUGUGAACCUCUAAUCAUCCUUGGUAGAGGUAGUGGGAGACUACCAUCCCCAGAAGAUGGUGAAACAAUAUUGUUGUCAAAUGCAAGAUUUGAGGAGGAAAGUAGUAUAGUAUAGUAGUCUCCAGAGAAAGUCAUUAGCUCAGUUGUAAGAACAUAGUAGGAUUCUAAAGUUCUACCUAAAGGUCAAUUAGCAUCAAAAUUUUGAUCAA